AUGGAUCCAUUCAUGUUGCAAGAGUUCCAGAACAAUGUCACAUGCAGCAUUUGCUGCCAGUAUUUCCUCGAUCCUGUCACAAUGGAGUGUGGCCACAGCUUUUGCCGACCCUGCAUCUACCUGAGCUGGGAAGAAGGCUCAUCGCCACUCUGCUGCCCAGAGUGUAGGCAGAAGUCAGAGAAGACAAACUUCAAAACCAACAUAAGACUUCAGAAACUGGCCACUGCUGCCAGGAUGGACAGAAUGAGGCAGGUCCCCAGCUCACAUGGGCAGGUCUGUGGUGCACACAGUGACGCCACAGGACUACUGGGUGACUUGGAUGAGAACCUAUGCUCUAAUAUCUCUCUACAGGAGUAUGUGUCCCAAAGGAAGAAGAUGAUCAAGGCACAGUAUCAGAAGAUGCAUAUGCUUCUUAAUGAGGAAGAAGAGCUGCACCUGCAGAGACUGCACAGCGAAGCACGGGAGCUUUGGCAGCAGCUCCAGGACCGUGAAUCAAGCAUGACCCAACACAUAGAUUGCGUGAAAGAAAAAUACAAAGAGCUGGUUGAGAUGUGCCACAAGCCUGACACGGAGUUACUGCAGAAUGUGAAGACAGAAUUGGAAAGAGCAGAGCUCAUACGGAGAUACAGGCCCCAGCCAGUGGACCCUGUACUGACUUCUUGGAGCAUCAGUGGACUUCAACAGAUGCUGAAUAAUUUCAGAGUGUCUAAUGGUUUGGAAAAGAAUGUGGCGAGUCGCUACGUAAUUCUUUCUGAGGAUCUCAGAUAUCACAUAUUUGGAGAACACCGUGAUGCUCCCAGUCAAGGCCCAAGAGCACAGAGUUUUGCUGCGUGGGGUGCACCGACCUUCCGCUCUGGCAAGCAUUACUUCGAGGUGGAUGUAGCGCACUCCUCCAACUGGAUUCUAGGACUCUGUAGUGAUUCCAGCAUAGAUGAGCCCGAUACCAUUAUUAACACAGAGGGUGCAUUUUUCCUUUAUUCCGUGAAUCAUGGUGAUGGUCACAUCCUCCGCACCAGUUCUCCAUUUUUACAUCACUAUGUGGAGAGGCCUGUGGGUCUGGUUGGGGUGUUUCUUGAUUGUAAAUAUGGAAUGGUGAGCUUCUAUGAUGUUUCCCAAAGUUCCCUCAUACAUUGUUUCCCUCCAAACGCCUUCUCCUACCCUCUGAAGCCCUUCCUUUGCAUGGAUACUCAAUAA